GUCCAAAAAGUUUCCAAAGUCCACUUUUCCGGCCACAUGCUAGGCUGGACAGCGGACAGCCUGACCUGGGACGACGGGACACAGUCGGAGGAGAGUCAGGCGCUCAUAGCGGUGGACGGCGGCGCCAUGGACGGGAUGGAAGACGGGCUCGUACCCGGAGCCAAGCCGCCAAAGGACAGGUACAACGCCGUGUACAUCAUCUUCUUCAUGCUAGGGUUGGGCAUGCUGCUGCCGUGGAAUAUUUUCAUCACUGCGAAUAUGUAUUUUAGGAAGAGAUUUAUAGACUCCUCAUAUGAAGACACGUUCGAGAACUACUUUUCUGUGGCCUCCAUGGUGCCAAAUGUGGUUUUUCAGCUGCUCAACAUAUUUGUGGCUCACAAAGUGAGCCUGAGCCUGCGCAUGUUGGUUCCCCUCAUCACCAUGUUGGUGUGCUUCAUCCUGACGGCUGUCAUGGUCUGGGUCAGGAGCAUAUCGACCACAGGUUUCUUCCUGAUCACAAUCUUCACAGUUGUCAUCAUCAAUCUUGCCAGUGCCAUCAUGCAGGGUGGUUCGUUCGGAGUGGCGGGAAAGUUCCCGGGGAGGUACACACAGGCUAUAAUGAGUGGACAGGCGUUAGCAGGGGUGUUUUCAGCACUUGCAAGUAUAUUGUCACUGGCAGCGGGAGGUGAUCCCAUCCACAGUGGGUUUGGUUACUUCCUGACGGCCGUGGCAGCCAUUCUGGUCGCCCUCGCCUCCUACCUACUUCUAAACAGAUUUGAAUAUGCCAGGUUUUAUCUGUACAGUACCCAAGAACUGCCAUCCCUAAAUGCGGAUGAGUCCAGUACAGGUGUACCUGAGACAGGUGUGCCCGAGACAGGUGUGCCCGGCAUACAGGUCCUCAGCAGCUCAUCUUAUCUACAAAUCUUCAGGAAGAUCUGGGUUCCUGCAGUGUCUGUCAUGUACACCUUCCUGGUGACGCUGUCCAUCUUUCCGUCUGUGUCCUCCCUCAUCGAGUCAGUCAGCAAAAGUGAUGGCAGUAAAUGGACAGGAGAGUUUUUCAUCCCCGUGACGUGUUUCCUAUUCUUUAACCUGUCGGACCUGGCCGGGAGGAUCAUCGCAGGGGCUGUGCAGUUUCCUAAGGAGAAGAGCAUCCUCCUGCCGAUCCUGGUCCUCCUGAGAACGGGGUUCAUGCCGCUGUUCAUGUUGUGUAACGCCCAGCCCGUGGAGACGGCCAGACACCUUCCUGUCGUGUUCAACAGUGAUGCGUUCCCCAUCGUGUUCAUGGUGCUGAUGGGGGUGUCCAACGGCUACCUGGGCAGUCUCUGUAUGAUGUACGGACCCAGGUUGGUGGCAGCAGAAGAGGCGGAGACCGCCGGAAUCACCAUGUCUGCCUUCCUGACCCUGGGGCUGGGCCUCGGGGCCGCCUUCUCGUUCGCUCUGACCGCCAGCAUCUGAACAUCUCUCAGUGUCUGAACAGUGGAAGUCCUAUGUUUGAGGAGAGCCACUCCUCUAGCUCACUCACUCACUCACUAUUCGGUUUAGCAUCUGUUGUUCCCUGUCUUGCAAGGGUUGGACGUUUGGGUCUGAUAGCUGCUCUCCAUCCGCCUCUGUCAAGGGGGUUGGCUUUUUGCAAAUCCAGUUUUCUAAAAUCUUCAUUGACUGUCUACCCAUCUCCUCUUUGGGCGCCCACGUGGGUUCUGGCACACUACAGACAAGCUAAAGGCCUUUCUUGGCCAGUUGUCAUGCCACCUCUAGCACAUAAAGAAACCCAGCACUUAUUGAAAAUAGUAGGGUUCCUUCCUCGUGUGAGUGGAUCAUUAAAUCUAAAAAGCAGUUACUCAUCUAGAACAAGCAACUGGAUAUGAUUUCCAGAAUUAUAGUAUUGCUUUUCGGUAUAUCUUAUUACCUUCAUGUCUAACCCUCAUCAACAGAUCGUUAAAUCUGUCCAUAUGUCCAA